AUGUCCUCCAAGCGCAAGGCCCACAAAGGCUCUUCUUCUAGCAAGAAGCGCUCGAGGCGUUCUCAGUCACGUGCUCCACUUGACGGAGACGAAAAGGUCUCUGAAUUCGAGCCAGAUUCUGAAUCUGACCAAGAUACCGACAGGUGGCCUUCGUCUAAAGUCUUUGAAUUCUCUGCUGAGCUAGCGGAGUUGGAGCCUUUCCCUAGACCAACGACUUGGGAUCCAAGUUUCACAACCUGGGGACGCCCGAGGCUGAGACAGACGAGUGCCAGAACGAAUCCUUCAGUGCAGAGCACGCCCAGUCCUACAGCACCCGUUCCAGUCCAACUUCCGCAACAAGCAGGCGAGAGCGAAACAGGUCUAGAUGGUCCAUCUUCUCCUACCGAUUCCCCUCGCCGCCCGCCUCCAGGUUACCAGUAUCCAGCACCUCGCUAUCCUCUACCAGCACCAGGUUCAUAUCAUCCGCCGUUUGAAACAACGACGCGGGGUGUACCUCAACCUGCACAAGUUGACGGUGCGCAACCACGUACUCCACAUCGACAAUUUCAUAGUCAGCGUCAAUCUCAUCAUCAGCAACGUGGUCAAGGUCCAGUGCCCUCGCGAGACCAGAAUGAUGGUGCUGUGAAUGGACACCAAACCAUCCAAGACUUGCUCGCCAGAGAUGCGUUGAGGCGAGAGAGUCUACGGCCAGCCCGUCUCGGUCUUGCUCCAAACGCGCUGUACGAUUUGUACGGCAAUUCGCCUCUUCAAGCACCCAUGGCGAGCGCCCAGGAAGGACGAGACUGUAUCGCUGGAAACCACCCACACGAUGACAUGGUAAUCGACUUCGCGGUGACUGUGAAGUUUGUGAAUGACGCAGGCGAAGAAGUCAGACGAAACUCGUGGCUUGAAUGCAACAGCGUACAGAAGUUGUUUGCGCAAGCAGAUGUAGGGGAUGACAUUCGGGUCGUGAAGGGCAGUGACGAGGAUUUUCAACUGCUUUGCGAGGCCAUUUUUCUGGGGCACAAGGUCAGGACGGACGGCGCGAGAGAGCCCUUGGAGGUCCAAGUCAAGUCGCUGUAA